AUGCAGUUUGUAAAGAUGUUGUCGAUCCUCAUGACUGUCAAGGUGGAAAGAGGAGCGGUCUUCGGUGGUGUAAAGGCACGUGUUUCUCCCUCUUCUCUAGAGGAUGUUGAUGUGGUGAUGAUCGUUGACUGGAAAAUAAAUCAAAAGAAGAAAAUGAGUGGACACAUUCCAUUCCCGUGUUUGACAAGUUCAUUGGUGGAAUACAGUCUCCCGAUUCCGGAAUCGAUUCAAUCGCCAAAUCCGGUUCUUAAUGAAAUUGGAAAAUUAGAAUUAGGAAUCCGAUUCCGCCGUCUCUCCACCAUCCCUAAUCCGUCGAUAUCCUCCAUCGGCGACCGUGGGAGCCUCGCUCUUCUUCCCAUAGCCUGCUGA